CUUUGUCUUUACCGAUACAACACUAGCUAGUCUAUGCGUCAAGACCAACAGCCAGUCUCACUAUCCCCAAUUCGCAAAUCAUGAACUUUCACUUGCUUUAACUGGGCCGACCAAUCCUGACUCAUCAAUCAAGACUAAAAUGUGGAUCCGCCCUUUCUGAACAUGUCCGAGACUUCGCCGUAAACUCAUCGUAACCCCAUGACCUCCAAAUUCCAUCAACACCAACAUGGCACAGCAAGCCGAUCCAACCGGUGAUCUUUUUAUCGACUUUGCAGACUUUCAAAAUGCUGCAGAGGCUGAAACUAUCUCCCCUGGCAUUCUGCACACAUCGACGGCUCCUCCAAAAAUCGGUAAUCGCUUUUCGUCCGAGUCUGUCAAGAUUUUGAGGAAUUGGUUCGCCGCGCAUGAAAGGCAUCCGUAUCCUACUAUUCAAGAUGUCCAGGAUCUCCAAGAGCAGACGAGUCUGAAUCGACAGCAGGUUACGAAUUGGUUUGCGAAUGCGAGGCGGAGAGCAAAGGUUCAUUUAUCACGGCCGACAUCGCCAAUGUUUCGGAAUGAUGAUUCGGGGAAUUCUUCAGGGCAUCACACGCCGAUUGAUACACCACGUCGACGGGCGACGCCUGCACCAUUCGAACAUAUGAAUCCGCUGCAGCGAUGGGCGAAUUCACCGCCGGAACAUGAGGCUGCGACUGUUGAUGACAUCUCACGAGCUGUUGCUGCUUUCUCAACGCGACAGGGGAGAUCACGAAGUCAUGGGUCGUCAAUCAGCAGUAGAGGAACUUCAGUGUCAAGCCAUGACUCUGGGUCGUACAGUUCUGCUCAUUCGAAACAAUCAUCGACGUCGUUUGACAUUUUCAAACGGCACAGUCGAAGAAGACGAACAAAGAUGAGAAAAGAAGUCAGAACGAAUCUCCUGCAAGCGCAGAAUACAUAUCAGUGUACUUUUUGUACAGAAACGUUCAAGACGAAAUACGACUGGCAGCGUCAUGAAAAGUCUCUUCAUUUAUCGCUUGAGAAUUGGGUCUGUUCACCAAAUGGGCCGACAGCGAUACAUCCAGAAGAGGGGCUUCUCUGUGUCUUUUGUGGCGUCAAGAACCCCGACGAGACGCAUCUUGACGGACACAAUCAGAGUGCAUGCAUCGAGCGACCGAUUGAAGAGCGGACAUAUCAUCGAAAGGAUCAUCUACAGCAGCAUUUGCGGUUAGUCCACAUGUCCAAGUUUCUCAAAUGGCCGAUGGAUGAUUGGAAAGUCAUGACGCACGAGGUCAAAUCGAGAUGUGGAUUCUGUGGCAUCAAUCUUACGACCUGGGCUAGUAGGGUUGAUCAUCUGGCGGACCAUUUCAAAGCUGGGAGUACAAUGGAGCAUUGGAAGGGUGACUGGGGGUUUGAGGGGAAGGUCAUUGAGAGGAUUGACAAUGCCAUGCCUCCUUAUCUCAUCCACUACGAACGAAACUCUCCUCUUCCAUUCGCAGCUACAAGAGGUCCAGCAGAUACACCCACAAGUGCAUACGAACUCAUCAAACUCGAACUAGAGUACUACAUGCGGAAUCGUCAUCAGUAUAUAAUGCCACCAGAUCCUGAGCUUCACUUUGAAGCAUGUUCUGUGAUCCUCGGCGCAGAAAUAUCCUCCCCCAACCAAGCGUCGUUAUCCCCGUCAUGGCUGUGGGACAUCUUCAUGUCAGCUGCUGAGAUCGCCAACCAAGCUAAACUCCGGCCAACAAAACAAUUAGCAGAAGGACGAUUGAGUCAGUUGAAGAUCAACGGAAAGGGAAAUAUAUUUGAGAAUUGCGAGCUGGAGGCGGCGCUGCAGCAGUACAUGACUGCUCAUACGUCCAUGGGACAUUUCCCAACAGAUUCUGAACUGCAGCAGGAGGCGUGUAAUGUUUUGAAUCGGACAGAGACGUCAUCAUCGCAUCCGUCAAGGAGGUUUCUGGACUUUCUAAUGAGGCUUGUUUGGAGUUCGACGGUCUGGCUGGAGCCGUUCCGACAGAGGGCUGAGACUCUUGUGGCGUUGGCGAAUGAGUCUGUAAAUGAUUCUUACUUUCUAUGGGGUCAAACAGAUACCGCUGUGCCGUUGGAUGCUUCAAUGGAGCUGGACAUGCUGCAGCCUUGGGUUGAGAAUCGAUCUCUGUCUCCAGAAGGAGUACCGGAAAUACCAGCGAUUUCGAUGCACAGCACGCCAGAGUCAAGAGCAUUGAUACGAGAUAAAGUACGAACAGCAACGCCAUUCUUUAUCAACGACAACAACAGCUAUCGUCGAUUGAAGCGGGAACUCUCACGAUUCGUCAUGACGACAAUGUCUCCCAACAAUCCCAACCGCCAUAUCCCAAGCGACGACGAACUAAAGUAUCAGGCACGGUGGAUUCUAUACGAUGAGUACGCUUCCCAAUAUGUAAAGUUCAUUAACUAA